CUGAAAAGACUAAAAACAAAAGUCGUUCGUACAAGAGCAAUGUUCUUCGCGUCUCUAUUUCUAAACCUGAUUUAUUUAGUUUCUUUUGUAACCAUUAACUGUGUUGGUCAAGACCAAUUCACUAUUAUACGAAGCUCAGCCGGCAGUCGAAAGGAUCUGUUCUUAGUUCCAAGAUGUAGCUCAUCGUCUUUGACAUGCUCGGCGUUGUACUCCGGCGCUACAAAUCAUGACCCUACUCAAUGCAAGUGUGCUUGUAGGCAUGAAUAUUCCACGUUUGGCUAUUACAAUGGAACAUGGAUUUGUAUGAGUAACAGGAAAAUCAGACAACAACCAGGUUGCCAAUUCCUGUUUGAUGGAGAGGCUGACUACAAUCCUCUUAGAGUUUUAUCAACUGGAUCUGCCCAUCAAGUAAUGUUUCCUUCGAUCGACUGUACGAUCGACCAGUCAGCCUCGCGCUACCGAAAGUGUGAUGGUACAUGGACUACAAUCAGCGUUCAAUCGAACAUAUUUUGGUUUUUGCCGCUAACGGAGACUCUUGGUUAUAGACAAUACAGAUAUACCAUGAAGGUUGGAGCAGUAGCCUCGUUAGCAGGGAGGAUCGUUAGUCUAAAAGUCAAUUGCGCAAGACCUUCUAAAUCGUCCUGUGUUCUAUUCAAGGUAGCUGGACAAAUCAAAUGUCCCGUUGAUAUAGUGAGAUUCUCGUCAACUCAGACCUCUACGUUUACAGUUACGAAUCCAUCGACCACACAGUCAUUUUCUUCCGACGCAUCAACCAUAAACAGUUCAACUGAGGCACCAGGUCUCGAGAAAGGAGCAUCAAACAGUGGUGAAAAAGGCAGAUCAUCAGGGACAGUCGCAGCUGUCAUCGUCAUCAUCCUGGUCAUCAUAGUGGUAGCGGUCGUUGGAUUUGUCUUUUGGAAAAGAAGAAGGGGUGAAAAUAUCCUGCUAAUGGAUCAUCUGAUUAGCAUUGCAAGAAAAUUUCGAUCUCCACCUUCAACAAAGAAAACAGAAGAACCUGAGGAGCAGAUCUAUGCAGAAAUAACAGAACAGCCAGCUGCACAAAGRCUGGUCACAUAUAGCUCUCCAGCUUAUGCAGAAGUCUACAACUUUGCCUUGAAUGACCCAAACUCGGCAUACGCAGGUCCAAACCAGCAACACAAUAGGAAUUUCCCUAAAAUACCAGACGAAGCGCCUACCGAUGAACGAGGGUACAUGGUGCCAGUUGACUCUCCAUUUUAUAACAGAGUACAAGAGAAUGACCAUCAGAAUACAGACAGUAAUGGCAAGAGUAAAAACCUCAAUACAUUUAGCAAAAGCCAAGAUCAUCAAAGGUCUACUCAUGGAGAUGGAGUAGGAAAUAAUGACGUCGCGCCUUUAUAUGUCAGUCUUGAAGUUCCUGACGGACAGAAUACAAAACAUAAUGACAGACAGACUUCAGUUUAUACUCGACAGCCAAAUUCUCCUGAUAGGGGUGGGACUGGAAGUAGUUUUUUAUCGCCUUCAGCAGUAUUAGGAACCGAGGGUUCAGCAGGCGACAACAGAUUUGUAGCUAAACAGAGAAGAAGACCCCCAAGCCCGCCAAGAAAGAUAAAAUAAUAAAAAAAUAAUAUUAAUUAGAACUAAUAACAUGAUAAUAUGAUAAUCAAUUAAAUGAUGAAACAUUGCCCAUUGCGGCACUAUGCAUAGUGUAAAUAAUAUUGAUGAGUGAUAAAAUGAUGAUGAAAAAAGGUUA